CUGUCCUUUGUUCUCCUCUCACAUCCUGCUGUAUAUGAACUGGUCUGUGCUCUUUGUUCCCUGCUGGUUCCUUGUUCAUCUUCACUCUGUUCCGCCCGCUCGCUAGACCAGAACUCUGUUUUAUGUUUGCUUCGUUCCUGCAAGGAGUACACAUGACAGCGUGGACUCGACCUGCUCCGAUGAGCUGAUGGGCUCCCAGUCCCGCCGUUGGCUGGCGGACCUGCUGGACAAGGACAUGUCCUCAGAGAGCGGGGACGUGACCGCGGUGGGCCGGGACGGGCUCUGCGUGGACUACCACUUCCCCGUGGGGGAGCUGGAGAUGAAGUCCGGGGUCAAGUGGAAGAGACCGAAGGAUCUUUGUUUUUCACCAAAGUUCAUAGUCGAUGGAGCUUCACGACUUGACAUCUGCCAAGGAAAACUGAGUGACUGCUGGGUACUCUCUGCUAUAGCAUCUCUGGCUAUGCACCCCGACCUGCUCAAGAAGGUGGUGCCUCUCAAUCAGAGCUUCCAGGAUGGCUACAAUGGCAGCUUCACCUUCAGAUUUUGGCAGUAUGGACAGUGGGAGGAGGUGAGGAUUGAUGACCUGCUGCCAACGCUGGACAACAAGCUGGUCUUCCUCAGCUCCCCUGAAAGAAACGAGUACUGGAGCUCUCUGCUGGAAAAAGCCUAUGCCAAGCUGAAAGGAGGCUACAGAGCUCUGGAAAUGGGUUACCCUCAUGAGGCCAUGGUUGACAUGACAGGCGGAGUGACAGAGGUUUUUACCCUCCCCUCUGUGUUUAAAAACCUGCCGGACCUACUCAUGAACCUGCUGGCCAAGGGAGCGCUCAUUAACUGUGCCAACACCAAGGGUAUUAUGGAAGAGAGGAAUGAGCUGGGAAUCUUGUUCAAACAUGCUUACUCCCUGACGGCGGUGGAGAAGGUACAAACAACAUAUGGGUUUGUGGAUUUGGUAAGAAUCCUCAAUCCGUGGGGCAACACGGAGUGGAUCGGGCCAUGGAGUGACUUAAAGGGUGAAGAGUGGAAGAUGGUGAGCCCUGAGGAGCAGAAACGACUGGGCAGAAUCAGUCGGGAGGACGGGGAGUUCUGGAUUUCUGUGUUGGACUUCCAGCUGAACUUCGAUAUGAUGGAGGUGUGUCACCUGACGCAGGGUCUGAGCGAGCCCGGCUCCAGCGUGCAGCCGUGGAACUGCGUCAUGUAUCAUGGGAGCUGGAUGCCGAACAUCACGGCGGGAGGGUCUCCUAACAGCAGCUUGUAUUGGCAGAACCCUCAGUUCCUUCUGGUUCUGUCGGAGGUGUACAACGUCCCUGGAAACGCCCAGGUAACCUGCUCCUUCAUCGUGGGUCUCAUGCAGAAACAUCAGAGACGCAAAGGUCUUCACCUCCCUGUUGGCCUGCAUAUAUACCUGGCCCAUCCUCAGAACACCUACCUGUCAUCUGAGGAUCUGCGUAAGGUCCUUCCAGUCUGCUCCAACCAGUACUCUACAUAUCGGGAAGUGAUUAUUCGCAGCUCGCUUCCUCCGGGUCGCUACAUCAUCAUCCCGUCAACCGGAGUGCCCAAUCUGCAGGGAGAGUUCCUGCUGAGGGUCCUGACAGAGCCGGGCAGCAAUGCUAUUGCAGCUCCCACACCAACACCACAGGAUGUGUCUGCAAUAACAGAGCCGUCAUUUCCUCACCAGGCCGCUCUGCCUGCAAUCGGAUCCAUCAGACCGCUGUUCCAGAAGCACAGCAACAAGAAAGGAUUCUGCAAACCUCUGCACCUCCACCAGCUCCUGGCUGAGGCCAUAAAGGGUGGAGUGUUGGCAGGAAGCGAGAAGUUCCUUUCUUUGGAGCACUGCAAGAGCCUGGUGGCCCUGAUGGAUAGCCAAGGCAACGCUCAGCUGAACUGGUUUGAGUUCCAGACUCUGUGGGACAAAAUCAGGAAGUGGACGGACAUCUUCCUGGUCUAUGACACGAAUAAAUCUCACCACCUUGAGUACAAAGAGGUCGAACCUGCCCUGAAGGCAGCAGGCAUCAUGGUGGACGAGUUGGUGAUGCAGCUGGUAGGACUGAGAUACACGGAGCCCGACCUGACCAUCAGCUACCCGGGCUUCCUGUACCUAGUCAUGAAGAUGGAGAGCAUGAUCCACAAAUUUCAGGCGCACGACAUGAUGGGACAUGGAACAGUAACCCUCACCUACAAACAGUGGCUCCACAUGACGAUGUACAACUGAACGUGACCCGGUGCACCAGGAGGGACUCACCAGGAUCCACUUUGUUUUGUGUUUUUAUUGUUUUUUAUUUUCCAGAGACAACCUGAUGGAGUAAUCAGCACCAAUUAAAUCUAACAGCAUGACGACAGAGUCCAACUGUUUAUUUCUGCUCAGUGUGUCCAGGUAGAAACCAAGGUGGACAUUUUUCCUAAGCUGGUCCAGCUGUAACCAUGGAAACGUGAUCAGAUGGGCUGUUUGAUCAAAUUUGAAUUUUAUGAUUUACCUCCAUAUUAUGAAAAGCUACAUUUAAAUGUGAUUGUUUGAUUUCAGCGUGAAAUGCUUUGUUUGGUGUGCGGCAAAAAUAUUCAAUAAAUCCGGUUUUUACAGAU